AUGAAGUAUCAAGGAAUUGAAGAUUUUGUGGAAUUUAUGAAACUCUCUAGAACUGCAUCGGCCCCUAUGUCCCCACAUAAAAAAAGGAAAUUAAAUGGUAGGGUUUCGAUAAAGAUAGUCGAAGCUGAUGAUGGAAUAGAUCGAAGUCUUCGAGGCAAUACACCCACCAUUUUCUUGGGGAAUGUUAAAGAAGGCUGUAGCAAAACUGUGAAAAAGCAGCAAAAAGAAAGGGGGAUUCGAUUCUCUUUGGGAAAUGCUUCCAUGCAUGACCAUGACCAAACCAUCCCUCAAUUGCUCCCUCGGCCUAACGAAGUCAUCGAUAACUUUGCUCACACAAAUGGGAAGCCGCCACCGACUUUGGAUCAUAGAUUUAGAAAGUUAUCGACAACUUCGUCACAUAAGUAUGAAGGGGUAGAAUAA